GCCACGUUUCCCCGGAAGUCGGCUUAUCAAGGCCGCGAGCUGCGAGGGAGCGAGGGAAAGUGAGUGGGAACUUGUAUUGUAGUUUGUAGAAGACACGAAGGAGACGCAAUGAAAAUUGGGCUGCUACCUCUGUACUGUACCUUGCAGAGCGAGAUCUACCUUUUGGUCGAUCUUGAAGCUCUGCACAUCUCUGUAGCUCUGCAGGCCACAACGCCGCCCCUGAUUGGAUGCCGACCUUGCUGCUGCCGGAAAAGCUAUACUGUAGGAUGCAAGUCCUCCGUGUGUAUAUCUCCGGAAGCUGUAUGGCCCUGCUGCCGGUGGUCAACACCCCGUAGACUAUCAGUGACUAUCGGUUUCCGCAUGGACUAUGGCCCAGAACAGAGUCGCUUCGAGCGUUCGAUCUCUUCGUUCCCCUCUUGGUUGCCCUUCUGUCCUUCCAUACUACUCCACAAGGGACGUAGCCUCCGUGCAGCGUUCUCUCCUGCUCCACCUCGCCUGGCUGUAUGUGUGCUUCGCACGUGGCUCCAAGCUGUCAACCAGGUGCUACCUCGUCCGCCGCCUCCAGCCCGCAAAUCAAAUGAUACGUCGAGCGCCUCCCUUCCCAACUAAAAUCUUCCGGCCUUCUGGAAUUGCCCGUUUUCCUGCCCGCGCAGCUUCUUAGGCCAUAAGUAAUAUCUACCCGACGCCACCUCCCUCGUGGCUCCUCCACUUCCUCGUGUCUUGCGUGUCCGCGUCAAU